AUGCCGCGACCUCCCCUCGCUCCAGAGCUCGGGGCUCAGACAGAUUCAUGGUGGAGCUGCCCCCCUCGUCGCCCUUUGUCCGGAUCGGGUCGUCGAGAUGCACGCACUGCAUCGGAGAUGUGCCCCGGAGCGCAGACAGAGGUGAGACGCACUCGUCCGUUUCCAGUCUGGCUGCGUGAUGAAUCGAUGACAUCCGGCGUCGUUGCGCGCGAGCGAUGCCACGCGAAUCGCUGUGUCGACGAUCCAACACGGGACGACGUCGAUGCGCGGGGCGGGGAUGGGAUCGCUGCCAGCAGCCGGACUGUGGCGGACGCGCGUGCGGCCUUGGCUUGGGUCGGAGUGGCGCGGAGCUCGUCAGUGUGCAUGCAUUACUUCACGCCGACGCGCAGGCAAUCUCGGCGGAAGGGCACGCAAAUCUGA